GCGGCAGCGGCGCGCGGAGACGUAGCAACGGCGUCGGCAGCAUGUCGGCCGGUGGAGCGCCGAUCCCGCCGCCCCCGAACCCUGCCGUGUCCUUCCCGUCGCCCCGGGUCACCCUGCCCGCGGGCCCCGACAUCCUGCGCACCUACUCGGGCGCCUUCGUCUGCCUGGAGAUUUUGUUUGGAGGUCUUGUCUGGAUUUUGGUUGCCUCCUCCAAUGUCCCUCUACCUUUGCUACAAGGAUGGGUCAUGUUUGUCUCUGUGACAGCCUUUUUCUUCUCCCUCCUCUUCCUGGCCAUGUUCCUCUCUGGUAUGGUGACUCAAAUCAAUGCCAACUGGAACUUCCUGGAUUUUGCCUACCAUUUUAUAGUGUUUGUCUUCUACUUUGGAGCCUUCUUAUUGGAAGCAGCAGCCACCUCCCUGCAUGACCUGCAGUGCAAUGCAACUGUGACUGUGCAGCCUCUCCUGAAUGACAACCAAUACAACAUCAACGUGGCGGCCACAAUUUUUGCCUUCAUGACGACAGCUUGUUAUGGUUGCAGUUUGGGUCUGGCUUUACGAAGAUGGCGGCCAUAACACUCCUUGGAAACUAACAGCUAUUUGUCAGUUUCCCUUGUCAACUUUAUAUGUCUUAUCCAUUUGUUUAGUGUUUUGUCCAGAUGGAACCACAUUCCAUAAGCAAUUAACCUGGUAGUGACAAAGAGAGAAGUGAAGUUUUGGGGUUAUUUUAUGGAUGGGAUUCUAACUUUAUUAUAUUAGAGAUGUAGUCUUUUAUUUUACAUCUAUCUCUUCUCUUUAUUUCUAAAAAGAAGUUCCCCUCUAUGUUCAUAAAAUACAAGAUAUUUUUCAUGAAAAAAAUAAUAUCCCUUUUGUUUGGUUACUAAGUAUUAGUAAGGAUCUUAAUAAGUAUCUUAACACAUUUCAAAUGGACUUCCCACUGAAUUUCCAAUAUUAACAGGAUACAGGUGCACUUUUUCUACAAAGGGGACAGAUGGUACUUAUUUAAGCUUAACAGGCCAUCUAGUUUCUGUCACAGCCAUUCACUUCUGCUGUUGCAUCAUGGAAGCAGCUAUAUAGACAAUAUGUAAACUAGUAAGUGUUAAUGUGUUCUAAUAAAGCUUUAUUUACAAAGAUAGGAGGCAGACAGAAUUUAGCCUAUAGUCUACAGUGUGUCAACUUCUGGUAUAAAACUUUAAAUGUCCUGUUUUUAUGGAACUGAUUAUUAAAGUAUACAAACCUCAUUAGGCAAGCCACAUCAUAUGUAGUAUCAUUCUGCAAUAACACUUUUUUGUUAAUUAUCAAAUAAUUAGCCUUAGAAGGGCAUAUACAUACUUUCUCAAGCUAAUUCCAGCAUGUCUUGGGUAUAGGAAAAGGCAAUUUAUGAAGUGAGCCCUAGUUGUUUAAUUAAACUAAUGGUAUCUUAACAGCUGUGCAAGACUCUCCUUGGAGAGUUCUUAAAACAGGAUCCUCCAAGAUCAUUAAUCACUACUGGAACUGGAAUCUAGCUAUUUAUGUCUUAUUUUGGUUUAUUUAUGCUUCAGAACACAGUUGUUUGCCCUGUGCAUGAAUAGAUGAAUAUUUAUGUAUAUGAAGCUUUUCCAAAUAGAGCUGUCUAAAGAGGUAACUUCUAAUUAACUUUCUGAGUUAAAUUUGAGUACAUUAUUAAAUAUAACAUAAAGCUAUAGAUUCUUCUAUGUUUUGAUAAUAGUCAAAAAGUCUAUGGAAUGUUUUUGUUGUUGCCAUUGUUGCAAUUUGAUGACAGAUAGACAAAAUCAGUUUAAAAGAAGAGCUAACACAAAAACUUGUGUCUUGCCAAAUAGUAGAACAAUUUUAACCCUUUGUAGAACCCCUGGUAAUGGAAACAUACCAGAUAACUUGAAUGGAAGAACAAGUUGGGGUUAGGCUGCAGUUCCCACACCAAACUGUCCACACAAGGUAUUUCCUAUUUCCCUAACAGGGCUAUUUGUGGAAAAAGAGGGUUUUAUAUGGCUUUGAUUUCAGGGUGAAUCAUCACCUAAGAAGGCCAUAUACAAUUGAACUAUUAGACUUCAUGGAACAUACAAAAACUAUGAAUGAGUAUAAUGCUCAAUAUCGAAGAAUCAAAUACUGAUUGUCUAAUACUUCCCUAUGAAGAAGAAAUUUUUAGAGCCUGGUUUGUGGUAACAUUAAAGACAAGAGACAUGUAUAAACAUGUGGCUUAAAGAAAUCAGUCUUGCGACUUUAUACCCACUUGUUUCUUUUCUUUCUCUUCUAUCAUAUCUGACUCCCGUGGUGUUUUUCUAGCUCCAUACCACACACCUAACCCUGUAUUAUGAAUUAUAUAUUAUAAAGUUAUAAAUGUGCCAUAAAGAGAUAUUGUGCAUUCUACUUGGAAUCAUGUAAAGGUAUUCUACUAGAAUUUACUGGUGAGUUUUUAUUUUGGCUUUUUUCCCCAAGGAGCAAACAAGCCAUGCUUGGUGGCAUUAACUGAUUUCAUUAAAAUAUAUUGGUAACAUUUUUUGUAAAUGGGUUGCUUCUAUGUCAUUGAGAACCAAACCUAAAGCUCACCUAACUGUGAAUACUUAGAUUUAUAGAUUAAUUGCAUUCUAGAUUUGUGAAUUGAGUGACAAAGCACUUGAACAAGAAUUAUGACAUUUAAGAAUUUCUUGACAUUCUUAGCUGUAAAAAUGAGAAAGUGUUGGUUGGUCUUCAAAAUCUGGUAACUCCAUGAUGAAAAGAAAUUUAUUUUAUAAGUGUUAUGACUCUAAUAAAGUAUUCAUUUGAUAA